CCAAUAAGUGAUUUGAAGAUUUGAAACGAAAGCAAGUCAUCCGUUUUCUGGUAAACUUUAGACGAAUAUAUAGUUUCUGUUAUCAAAAGGUAAUGCAUACAAAAAAAUAAUUUCUUUCGUUUGACGGAAAAGUUAAGAAGAGUUGAUAAAUGAGGAUGCAUUUAAAACAUUCAGUAUUAUUUAUUUUCAUCCAGUUCACAGAAAUAAUUUACUGUUUGACUAUAAAUGACGUUUGCUCGGCUGAUGAUGACACGUGCAAAAAACCAAAUCUUCCUGGAGUCGGUAAGAUCGAAAAGGGUAAAUGUUCCUUGACAGGAGUACUUCUUAGAUUUCGCCAGCUAUCACUGCUUGAAUGUGCUAAGGAAUGUUUCAUUACGUCAAACUGCACGUCUAUUAAUUACAGACAAAAUUGGAAAUUAUGUGACCUUGUGAUGUCCAAUGCCAUUGGAAACGAAAUUGCCGACGACUCGACCUGUAUCAAAAGUAAUAUAACAACAUGGGAAAAGUUUCAGUCAUUGGCAGGAAAAUGUGCAUACCACAACUGCGAAGAAGGGCAAAAGUGCAAAAUCAAUGCCAAUAACAAUAGAUUUAAAUGCGUUGAAGCAUAUUGUAAAGGUUUACCCAAUACACCACAUGCUGAACUCCAAGAGCCGUUCGGACUGCGACGGAAUCUAGAUACUGGAAACAAAUAUAAAUGUAACAAUGGAUAUAACAUGGAGGGAAAACCGUUCGCCGUCUGCAAAAGUCCUGGGCAUUGGAAAGUAUUGUUUAAUUGCACCACGAAAGCUGCGUGCAGUGCAGAGGGAUAUAAGUAUGACAUGAACACGACCACAUGUAUAAAACUUGUAAAAGCUGAUAAAUCUUAUUGGGAUAAUGCAAAGGAAACUUGUCAACAACAACCAGGCGGGGAUUUAGUUAGCAUAACAACAAAGGAAAAAUGGUAUUAUGUCAUAGAAUAUCUAAAAGCGGCUGACAUUGGAUCGGAAAAAGUAUGGAUAGGUCUCAAAGAUAAACAUUGGAUGAAUGGCGUUGAUUUUACAAAAUUAGACGGCAUUUUUGGUAGCCUCAGUAGCGCUAAUGCUAAUAAACCAUGUGGUAUGAUAAAACAAAGUGAGCUGGAUUAUCACAAAUGUCAACAUAACAACAUGUUCCUAUGUGAAAUACUUAUAGCAUAAAGUAUAUCAGCUGCUUUAUUCUUAAUGAUUAA